CUUUACGACAGUUGGACAUUAGAUUACGACAUAUCGAUUUUUAGAGUAGCAACGUCUCUUCCAACAAACAAUUACAUUUCUGCUGUGUGUCUUCCAAAUGAAGGAUGGAAUGAGGGGGAAAACGCCAUUGUUGCUGGAUGGGGCACCUUAACGUCUGGUUAGUAUCGACGGUUACUAUACCCGGUUAGAAAAGCCGGUUAAUAAUAGCCGCUUAGUAUAGCUGAUCUUGUUGCAUCAUCUACUAAAUAGAGCUUUAAUAAAAAAAAUUAUUUUAAGAAAGUUGUUCUGACUUCAGGUGGGUCAUCUCCUUAUGCGCUCCAUCAAGUUCAGAAACCCGUCAAAUCAAGGCAAACAUGUAUUCAAAGAUAUGGCUCUGGAUCUAUCACGCUGCGCAUGCUGUGUGCUGGCCUACCUGAGGGAGGUGUGGACUCAUGCCAAGUAAGAGACGUGCAUUAACCUGGUUAAAUACAGCGGUCAAAUAAGAGACAUGCAUUAACCUUGUUAAAUGUAGCGGUCAAGUAAGAGACAUACAUUAACCUUGUUAAAUGUAGCGGUCAAAUACUUCAGCACGCAUUGUAUCGCGGAUAAAAAUGUCUGACCACAUCACUCCAGUUCUACGAGAUCUCCAUUGGGUUCCUCUGAGUGAGCGCAUUAACUACAAAAUUCUGUCCUGGCGUAAAGCUGCAUAGAAGGCUCGGCAUCGGAAUAUCUUAAAGAACUGAUUUAUAAACAAUUAUCCUUGAAGAACCUGCGGUCUUCAACACACUACUUACUGAGAGUUCCUAGUGGGGAUGAACAUAGAAAAAGUCUUUAAGGAGUGCGCUCUUUUGAAGCGAUAGCGCUAAAAUUAUGGUACAGUUUGCCUCAAUCUUUGAGGGGAAUUGAAAAUGAUAAAAAAUCAUUUAAGAAACAUUAAAAACUUUUUUGUUUAAAUAGAUUUAAGAAAACCAGAGCGCGGUGAGCAUGCUAAAGUAGCAUCGAUACAAGCGCUAUAGAAAUAUCCAAGCAAUCAAUCAAUCAAACAUUACAGAAAUAUAUUAACCUUGUUAAAAGUAGCGGUCAAGUAUUUAAAUCAAAACCAUUUUCGUUUAUACCUUUUAGACCUAUAAAGCGAUAAAUCAUAAGAUUAAGGAUUAUUAAUGAUUAAUUAGUUUUAAAAAUUAGUUUUGGGAGUAGCAUUUUUAUUAAGUAGUCCUAUAUUUAGCUUCAUUGAAUAUCCCCAAAAUAGCUACGUAACGCUUUUAUGUCAUUGUAAUUUUCCAGGGAGAUAGUGGCGGACCUCUCUACACAUACAGAGAACAUAGAUGGACACUGACUGGUAUUUUAGCA